AUACAGGCUGUGAGCCAGGGGAAAUGAUCCGAGGAUCAAAUUAUUCGGUCGCCAAAGCGGCUGGGGGGGUCCUGGGUGAGAGAGGGCAAACGUACGCUGCAGGUCAGGUGGGGGUUAUUGGGCUGCUUUCACUCUGGUCCUUUAAGCCAGACCCUUUUCAGACAGUUGGCCUCUGCAGUAAAAACGUGUCUCGGUGCCCCAGUAAAGAGGCGUUUCUUUUCACACAAGCAUACACCUAAGGUUUCUGCGGGUAUCUUGCAUCCCUGUCAUCCAUUGACUUCAUUAUAUGCAAGUCUCUUUGAAGAUCAUUCUGUCACUGGUUCCAGUGGACUCACUGAAAUGCUGAAAGCUUGCAGUGUGAACGGAGCAUGUGCGGGCCUUCUCGUUCUUUCUUUAAUGAUAGAGCUUUAUGCUUUUAAGGGUGAGCGUGGUUGAAGAACUUGAUCCAAUCUAUGCAUUUUUAAUAUGUUCGAAUUCCUGCAUAUUGCUGGUUUCACUAGCAGUUUUCGCAGCCCACGUAGCUUCACAAAAGUGGUUGUUUUUAAAAGUAACCAAGGGGGAACCGAUUCAAGCAAAUACUUGGUUUUGUAGCCCAUUUGAUAUCGUUCUUUUUUCCAUGUAUUGAAAAUAGAAGCCCUUUUUUUUUCAUUAACCUAUUCCUAAGGUAUUAUGCAAGAGGAGAUGCUGAAAAUGCAAUGCGGUACAUCAAUGGAACCAGACUUGAUGAUAGGAUCAUAAGGACAGACUGGGAUGCAGGAUUUAAGGAGGGUAGACAGUAUGGUCGUGGAAGAUCAGGGGGCCAGGAGCACCUUCGCCUGGAUUUCCAGACGGUGCUUCUCAAUGGAAACAGGAGAACAGGACUGCACGGAAUGGCUUUUCACGUGAAUCCCUCUGCAGAAUGGAGGGUCUUGGUUGUUCAUUGCACCUUUGUGCUUGUGGCUAAAUGUGGCAAAAGCAGUAAUCUAAGAGUGUAUGACCUACACACACACAUUUGA